AUGAUCAUAAAGCGUGGUGAGGCUUUUAGGGGUGCGAUAUCUGAUGAGAUAACCAAUGCCAAAGAUUUCCUUGUCAAAAUCGAAAAGUACUUUGAGAAAAGUGAUAAAGCAAAAACUAGCACUCUUUUAAAGAUACUAAUUUCAAUGAAGUUUAAAGGUAAGGAAAAGAUAAGGGAGUACAUCAUGGAGAUGUCUAAUAUUGUUUCUAAGUUGAAAGCACUCAAACUCGAGAUGUCUGAAGACUUACUCGUACACUUGGUGCUUAUAUCUCUUUCUGUUCAAUUCAGCCAAUUUCAGGUCAGUUAUAACCGUCAAAGGGAGAAAUGGUCUCUUAAUGAGCUCAUUUCAUUUUGUGUACAAGAGGAGGAGAGAUUACAGCAAAACAAGACUGAAAAUGCUCAUUUGGCAAACACCUCUAAAGAAAGGGGUAUAAAGAGGAAAAAUGAGGCUGCUAAAGAUAAAUUUCUAACACAAAAGAAACGAACUCAAACUCAAUCUCAAGUUAAAAAAUAA